CGUCAGAUUUCGAGGCUAACUCGUAGCCGCAUGCUCCCCUAACACCCCGGAGCAUUGCAUCCGGUUCUUUCUCCACCCCCCCACCCUCCUUUCAUCUUCCGUCUUCCUUGUCUACCCUGUCUACCCUACGUUUCGAUAAUGUUUAGGGCUCAGACGACUGUUGCUCUCAUUUCUCUGAUUCUAGCACAAUUCACUGCUUCAGGAUGUGCACGACCCACAGAUCCCGGACAAUUACCUCUUACCCAACCAGCCAAUCAUGAAAUUUCUGGCCGAGUCAAUCCUGGACUCAUACCUAGGCUUAACCCCAAUCGCGAGCUUCGUGGGAGAUUCCUGCAUAUCACUGACAUCCAUCCCGAUGAACUGUAUCUACCUAAAUCAAUGGUGGAAACGAGGUGUCAUUACCUCAAACCUAGGCCAAAGAAAGGCGACUCCUUGGCCGGGGAAUGGGGCACGCCAAAGUCCGAUUGUGACACUCCCCUUAACCUUUUCAAUAUCACCAUGGAGUGGCUCGAGGAGGAAUGGGCGGACAAGAUAGAUUUUGUGAUAUGGACGGGAGAUAACGCUAGACACGACAAUGACGAGGGGAACCCACGGACUGUUGACGAAAUCGUUCAUCUCAACCAGAUGGUAGCGGAUAGAAUGGAGAGAAUAUUUUUGAAGAAGGGUGUCGCGGUUAUUCCUAGCUUGGGGAACAAUGAUAUCUGGCGUGAGUUAGAGCGGGUAUUUCGCAGUAUCCGUUCACUCAGAGCUAAUUUCGUGGCACCUUACACUUCUUUCAGCUCAUGUCCCAACACGAUGAUCCAUCGAAUCUCAUCGGCAUGGACAAGUUAUAUACCCUUUGAAUCGUACCAAGUCUUCCAACGAGGUGCAUACUUUGCCCUCGACCUUAUCCCUCGCAAGAUCGGUGCCCUCUCGUUAAAUACAAUCUAUUGGUAUGAGAAGAACAAAGCUGUGGAUGGCUGCAAGAAGGGCGAACCUGGCCGGUUGGAGCUAGAAUGGAUGGAGGCACAAUUGGGAAUCUUCAGAGAACGGAACAUGCAAGUAUAUCUUUCAGGCCAUGUCCCCCCGUCUGCCUCAAAUUAUGCCGAUGACUGCUUUUGGCGAUAUGGAGAAAUCGUUUUGAGAUAUCAGGAUACUAUAGUGGGACAGCUCUUCGGUCACAUGAACAACGACCACUUCUUUUGGAUUGACACAGAAGAUGUCCGAGUCGCACGAAGUCAGAUUGCUCAAUCAAGCUUCCUUUCCAGACUUCUAUCUUCAUUCCUCCCCUUCCAUACCCCACCAUUCGGUACCCUAAAGAAGAAGAAGAAGAAACCUGUAUUACAUGAUGAGCUUUUGGUAGACUUUAGUGGUCUGCCCAAAGUUGGCAAGGUCGACUUAGAUGACUUCACAGUGAUCAAUGUUGCGCCAAGUGUCGUACCAACGUAUUACCCCAGCAUUAGAGUGUUUACUUAUAAUGUUACCGCACCUCCCUCCGCUGCAUACGUCCCAACCACCCCAAUUGACAGAGCCGUGGAAAAUGGAGUGCUGAGUUUGGAUGAUGGCACGUUCGAUACUGAGGAUAUAGAGUUUGAAGAACUCCAGAAGCAGCUGAUUCCAGGGAACAGGCUUCAUAAAAAGAAGGUUGAUUGUCGCCGAAAGAAGUACAGGAAUAAGAAAUCAUGUAGGCUCAAGAACCCACGACAUGCGAGCCCAGCUUCUCCUAGUCGGAGGAACACCUUGUGGACGCCAUUGGGGUAUUCGCAGUUCUACAUACCUGAUCUUGACGAAUACAAGAAGGAACAGCGCCCUCAAUUCAGCCUCGAAUACAUGACCUACGAUCUCGCAGUUCUCGACGCCUCAUCUGAAUAUCCAGUUCCUCAUCGUCUUCUCCCUGAACCGCUGCGUAAUUCAUCUUCCCUGAGACUCGAAUGGGAGAAAACCAAGAAUUAUGUGCCUUACGAACUAGCAGACUUGACCAUCGAAUCUUGGUUGCAGCUAGCGAGGAGAUUGGGUACUGGGAAACAUCCGAAAUUGUGGAAACGAUUCAAGACGUAUAUGUACAUGGCCUAGAAAUAUUUUUUGCGCCUUUUCGAUCACCAAGUUUCUGUUUUCCGG